AUGCAGUCGCUGCACAGGAUCGACAGCCCGCCGGCGUCGAUGCCGCAGUCGCACGCGGCCCCACGGCGCCGCCGGUCGCUGCUGUCGCACGGGAUGCCGCAGUCGGGCACCCGGCUGUCUCUCUGCCGGCGGCCGGCGCAGACCACACCGCUGCCGCGCCUCGUCGAGAACGGAGUCGACCUGACGCCGGGCCGCCUCAGCGACGCCCGCAUGCCGCCCGCCGCGGAGAGCGAGCUGCAAGUCUUCCACGCCGCCCUCGGCGGCAGCGUCACCGGUCUGCCAGGCUCGGACUUUCUGAGUGCCAUGAGCGGCAUAAGCGCCACCAGCGUCUUCAGCUCGACGGUAUCCAUCUACCAGUCGCUGUUCACUCACACCGUCGAAGACGCUUCGAUUGCGUGCAGCGACUUCAUAGCCGAAAGCAGUGGCAAGGCCGACGACGUGCCGUCGCAGUUCUAUCUACCGGCAGAGCCCGAAGCUAGGGGCGCCAUCGAGCAGGCCGCCGCUGCAGAGUCAGCUAAGACGGCAGUUUUGACCGAGACGGACACCUUUUUCCUCCUCUCGCGGCCCAGCGUCAGCUGCGUGGCCGAGUCGCCGCUCGGAGAGGCCGUUCGCCGGGACAACGAGCUGUACGAGUACCUGACACAGGGCAAGGGCAGGAUGAGGAAGAGGAGCACCAUGGAGAUGCAGACGGUGAGCAUGAUGAGGAAGACCGCUGUCGCUCUGACGGCCCGCCUCUUUAGGAACAACAGCUGCGACUUCGCCAGCGUCUGGGACAUCUACGACACGUACGCCACGAUGCUGAAGCGCCCGGCAGCCCGCAGCGGCGGGCUCACGACCAUCCUGCGGGACAAGACGAGUGACGUCUCGCUGCCGCAGUCCAACGCGUCCCUCCCCAUGUCGGAGAGCCAGAGGCUCGAGCCGGAGGACCAGCUCGCUUCGAUCGUCAAGACGGACGCGUUCCAGGACGCCUGCUCGCAGGUGGAGAGGAUCCUCGACAGCAACUUCUACGACUUCGAACAGAAGGUGUUCAAGGAGCUGAUGCAGGCCGACCCGCUGCGGAUGGAGGUGGAGUUCAAGUACGGGCUGCACUUGCUGUGGACGUUCACGUGCCCGGAAGUGAAGGGGAAGAGCGUGACGGCCAUGUGCUGGAACGCGGCCGACAGCAACCUGCUGGCCGUGGGCUACGGCAAGUUCCAGUACUCGGACGAGACGGCGGGCGCGGUGGCCGUGUGGAGCGUGAAGAACCCGACGCGGCCGGAGCGGCUGUACGAGAUGGGCCCCGCGGUGACGGCGCUCGCCUUCUCGGAGCGGCGGCCCAACCUGCUGGCGGUGGGCCGCUACGACGGCGGCGUGCUGCUGCUCGACACGACGGCGCGCCACGGCCGGCCGCUCGCCAGCGCAGACCGCCUCGCCGCCGGCUCCUUCAGCCCCGUCUGGCAGCUCGCCUGGUUCGGCGAGUACCUGGUCGCCACCACGCAGGACGGCCGCGUCCACAAGUACACCGGCAUCCGCGACUUCACCUGUCUCCCCAUGAUGCGGCUCGCCCGCGUCGAAGGCGUGCUGAAGGGGCUGUCGCAGGCGCGCAAGUGCUGGCCCGAGGAGACGCCGUACUCGUGCCACCCGGCGGCGCUGGUGCUGGUGCGCCAGCCCAGGAACCCGGACGCGUACGACGUGGCCAGCGACGAGGGCUGCGUGCACCACUGCUCGGCGCACCACCUGCACAACCACCUCGACGUCUUCCAGGCGCACCGCGCGCCCGUCUACGCGAUGCAGUACAACCCCUUCUGCGACAAGGUGUUCCUGACGGCGGGCGGCGACCGGUGCGUGCGCGUGUGGGCGCGCGGCGUGUGGCAGCCGGUGGCGACGCUGCGCGCGGGCCGCGACGCGGUGCGCGCGGCCACGUGGAGCCCCGCGCUGGCGCCGCUGCUGGCGGCGGCGGCCGACGUGCGGCUGCAGCUGUGGGACCUGGCGCGCGCCGCCUUCCGGCCCGCCUCCGAGACGGCGCUGCCCGGCGCCGCCGCCUGCUCGCGCCUGCUCUUCACGCCGUCGGGCAGCGCGCUGCUCGCCGCCGACGACGCGGGCGCCGUGCACGUGUUCACGCUGUGCGACGUGCCGCACCCGCCCUUCUUCCAGGCCGCCGCGCUCGCCGACGCCAUCCGCAGGCUCAACGUCACCAGGCCCGAGCUGCUCGUGCGCCUCCGCAAGCUCGGCUCGCCCUUCUGA